AUGUCCCUCCGCUCCCUCGCCGACUCCAAGACCCGCAUCUCCUCCACCCCCUCCCAGCCCGGCUCCUCUAAAAAAUCCCUCCUCUCCCCCUCAUCCUCCCAAGAGUCCGCCUGGACCUCCUCCACGUCCCCGUCCUCCCUCCACCUGACCUUCCCGACCCCACUCCACAAUGCGACCCAUUUCGCCAUCACGUUCCAGGGCGGGUUCGCCGCGAGCGCGGUGAUGGUGUAUGUGGCGAUGGCGCCGAGGGAGGGGAGCUCCGAGGUGGAGUUGGGGCUGAUGAUGGCUCGGAGAGUGUAUCCGGAGGAUAAGUUAAGCAGGCAGGUGUUUGAAAUACCAUACCCCUCCAAUACGCUCAUCUCGCCCAAUACCGGCUCCCUGCCCGUAUCCCUCUCCACCGACGAUCUCGCCAUUACAACCGAACGCCCGCCCAACCCUGAAGGCCGGAAAUCGCCCGCCCCGAUGCACCCUGCAGCAAUCAACAACCUGCCCGCGGGGUAUCAAAAGUCUAUAUCGUCUACUCUCGGCUCGCCUUCCUCUCCAUCUACCAGUGCUGCCAAGGUCAACGGCUCGGGCGCUGGCGGGAAGAAGGAGAUAGAGAGGGUACAGUCGGACGAGUCGGGCGUGGUCAGAGAGAGGAUGGCGUCAGGGUGGACAGUCCCCCGGUUGACGGAGCUCAAGCUCGAGUUCGAGGGGAGUAGCGAUAAUCAGGGGAGGGUGACGGUUUAUGCUAUCGAGGUGCUGGGGGCGUAG